GGCGGAGGCUGCGCAGGAGCGCCCAGUGCUGCCAACACAACGCGCCGAUCACGAGAUAGCUCUCAUCUUCCUUAUCAUCAGCUGAUGUGAGAACAACUAUCGCACGCCCGCGCGCCUACGACUUUUUGCUCGGGAUCGUGUUGAAAACAAGCAGAAGAACGUAGAAGACCGCCACAAUGGGGGCCAUGUUCCGAAGUGAGGAGAUGGCUCUGUGCCAGCUCUUCAUCCAGCCUGAGGCCGCCUACACCUCCGUCUCCGAGCUCGGCGAAGCUGGCACCGUGCAGUUCAGAGACCUGAAUCCAGACGUGAACGCCUUCCAGCGCAAAUUCGUCAAUGAGGUCCGCCGGUGCGACGAGAUGGAGCGCAAGCUGCGCUACAUCGAGGCAGAGGUCCAUAAGGACUCGGUGCACUUGCCUGAACUACAGGAGCCCCCGAGAGCGCCCAACCCCAGGGAGAUCAUCGACCUUGAGGCGCACUUGGAAAAGACAGAGAAUGAGAUUCUGGAGCUGUCACACAACGCCGUCAACUUGAAACAGAACUACCUGGAGUUGACUGAGCUGAAGCAUGUGCUGGAGAAGACAGAGGCCUUCUUCGUUGCGCAAGAGGAGUUCGGCAUGGACUCCUUGACCAAAUCCCUGAUAUCGGACGAAACCGGUCAGCAGGCGGCAACGCGCGGCCGCCUUGGAUUCGUGGCUGGCGUAGUGCAGCGCGAGCGCGUGCCCGCCUUCGAGCGCAUGCUCUGGCGCAUAUCGCGCGGCAACGUUUUCCUGCGCCGCGCUGAACUUGACAAGCCGCUGGAGGAUCCUAGCACUGGUAACGAAAUCUACAAGACAGUGUUCGUCGCGUUCUUCCAAGGUGAGCAGCUGAAGUCUCGCAUCAAGAAGGUGUGCACCGGAUUCCACGCGUCCUUGUACCCAUGUCCGCCUUCCAACGUCGAGCGACAGGACAUGGUCAAAGGCGUCCGCACCAGACUAGAGGAUCUUAACAUGGUGUUGAACCAAACCCGCGACCACAGACAGCGAGUGCUGGUAAGUGUGGCCAAGGAGCUACCGAGCUGGUCGAUCAUGGUACGCAAGAUGAAGGCAAUCUACCAUACGCUCAAUCUGUUCAACAUGGACGUCACUAAGAAGUGCCUCAUCGGAGAGUGCUGGGUGCCCGUAGCUGACCUGCCCAACGUACAGAAGGCUCUUGCUGAUGGAUCUAACGCAUGCGGCAGUUCGAUUCCCUCGUUCCUGAACUGCAUCGAGACGGACGAGGAGCCGCCGACGUUCAACCGUACCAACCGCUUCACGCGCGGCUUCCAGAACCUCAUCGACGCUUACGGUGUCGCCUCCUACCGCGAAUGUAACCCUGCCUUGUACACAAUCAUAACGUUCCCGUUCUUAUUCGCGGUGAUGUUCGGCGACUUCGGCCACGGCGCUAUUAUGAUGUUGUUCGGCGCAUGGAUGGUAUGCAAGGAGGUCUCACUCUCCGCCAAGAAAUCCAACAAUGAAAUCUGGAACAUCUUCUUCGCCGGUCGCUACAUCAUUCUUCUCAUGGGAUGCUUCUCCAUGUAUACUGGAUUAGUGUACAAUGACUUGUUCUCCAAGUCCAUGAAUAUAUUCGGCUCGUCGUGGCGCAUUCCGUACGACAACAAGACGAUGCACAAUUAUCAAUCACUCACUUUGGACCCAAAAGAUGCGUAUAUGGGAGAGCCUUACUUUAUCGGCAUUGAUCCUAUUUGGCAGACUGCCGACAACAAAAUCAUCUUCCUGAACUCGUACAAAAUGAAACUGUCCAUCAUCUUCGGUGUCGUGCACAUGAUCUUCGGUGUCUGCAUGAGUGUCGUCAACUACAACUUCUUUAAGCGCCGCUACUCGAUCUUCCUGGAGUUCCUGCCACAAGUGGUGUUCCUUUGCCUGCUGUUCGCGUACAUGGUGUUCAUGAUGUUCUACAAGUGGAUCGUCUACAGCACUCUCAACGAGGAUGUCGCCUACAGACAAGGUUGCGCCCCGUCAGUCCUGAUUCUGUUCAUCAACAUGAUGUUGUUCUCGAGCCAAGAGCCGGAAGAUGGCUGCCACGAAUACAUGUUCGAAGGCCAGGGCGCCAUCCAACGAGCGUUUGUCCUGAUCGGACUUUUGUGCAUCCCUGUUAUGCUGCUCGGAAAACCAUUAUACCUCCUCUGUGCAGCCAAGAAGAAGGCCAAAGCUAAGGUAGGCAAGCCAGAACAAUCAAACGGCAGCGUUCAACAAGGCAUCGAGAUGCAAGACCAACAAACGGAUAUAAGCGAAGUCCAAGCGCCGCCCAAAGCAGAGAAAUCCGGAGGCGAACAUGACCACGAAGAGGAGCCGUUCAGUGAGAUCAUGAUCCACCAGGCCAUCCACACUAUUGAAUACGUGCUGAGUACCAUCUCGCACACAGCCUCAUACCUCCGACUGUGGGCUUUGUCACUUGCCCACGCAGAGUUAUCGGAGGUAUUAUGGAACAUGGUGUUGGCGAUGGGUCUGAAAGACACAGGCUACGUGGGCGCUAUCAAGCUCUACGUGGUUUUCUGCUUCUGGGCGCUCUUCACGCUCGCCAUCCUCGUCAUGAUGGAGGGGCUCUCGGCCUUCCUCCACACCCUGCGUUUGCAUUGGGUGGAGUUCAUGAGCAAAUUUUACUCGGGUCUGGGAUACAUCUUCCAGCCGUUCUGUUUCAAGACUAUUCUCGAAGCAGAAGAUAACGCCGACGAAUAAAACAUUCCUUCAAUUAAACGUAGAGUAGAUCACAGCAGUAUUUGUGUAUAUUAUUCCCUCCGCGAAAGGAGAUGAAAGGGCUCAAAAUGUUCAAAUAAGAGAAAUAUAUUUAUGCAUGUUUCA